GUGAGAGGCUCCUCCCUGUUGCUGGUGCCCCACGUUCACUGGGGCGGGAGCCCCAUCUGCAGGCAGCCCUUCGAGACUCUCCCUGGCCACUUGCCCUCUCCCCUCGUGUGGCAGGGUGGAGAAACCCAGCCAGGGUGUCUGGGGCUCAGAAUGCCCAGCAGGCCCUAUGCUGCUGCGGCUGCUCCAGGCCGCCUUGCGUCAGCACCUGCUAGUCCAGGCUAGACCUCCCUGCCCGUGGAUAGAACACUCUGCAGCCAGGGGUGUCCAGUGCCCGUCAGGGUUGAGCUUAGUGACCCUCUCUCAAACCACACCCCCAAGUAAAGUGUCUCCCUCACCUGGGCUGCAGCCAGACACAGCCUGCCCCUGAGAGCUGCGCCUCUGCUCUCGGAGGAACAUCGGUGUCUAGAGUCUGGGGUUUGCCCUCCACUGGCAGAAAGGUGAGGAGAAAGCUCCUCUUCUCUGGACCCCUCCCUGCCUGUCCCUGUUAACACCUCCUGGGUCCUGAGUUUGAAAAGGCAGACCCCGCCCCCAGCAGGUGCUCACAGCCGGUGGCCAGUGGCCAGAGAGUGCACUCAGUGCGGGGCCAGAGCCAGGCCGCUCGUUCGGGGCCCCAGGCGGCUUGCUGCUGGUUUUGGCCUGUGAGCUCACUAUCUGGCCUCAGUGCCAGGUAAGGACAGCUAUCUUCCUGGGAAGAGGAGGUGACCCCGGGCUGGUGGAUUUCCCACAGGGGCAGUCAGAGGAUGUCCACAGAGGCAGAGGCCCUGUGCCUGUGGGCUGGGUUGGGCUGGUGGAUGUGGGGUCUGGGACUGCUCCAGAAGCUUCCUUCCUGCUGCACGCUUUGCCAACUGUCCUUCCACCUCUCAGUGUCUCGUGUGCCUGUGGGGGCUGCUGUAGGCUCCUUCUCGCUCAGCCCUGCUGCUGCUGCACUGCUUUGGGAGGGAGCACCCCCAUGGCAUCUGGGACGCUUGUCCCCCAGCACACUCCCCUGUCCUGCCUAUGCUGGGGGCUGGAGAGAGGGCAGCGGAACUGUGGGGCUCCCCCCGCCUUCUGGGCCCAGCCCUGCUACCUGGGCCGACCUCUCUCUCUCUCUCUCUCACUCUCUGGCUCGCACUCCCUGGGCCUGGAGCUGGGGCCUGCCCAUAGGUAUCUGAAGACACGUCAGCCUCAGCCAUGGGGAGCCCUCGCUUGACACCCUCUGGCCUCCUGGCUGCCUCCUCGUGCCCACCCUGGGCCCGCUGUUCUCACCGUGUCUUUCCUGUCACCUCCUGUGUUGUCUGAAAUGGUCUCUCUCUUCUUAAAUUGUGGUGUUUAUGUUUUCAUUCAUAGUGCAUUUGGAGGUCACUGCUACACGUUGAUGUUUAGGAGGUUGAGAGGUUUGCUUUUAGUGUCCACAGGACCAGAUGUCCGAGUCUGGCCAGUCCUCAGCGGCCGCCACACCCAGCACCACAGGCACCAAAUCCAACACGCCCACAUCCUCUGUGCCCUCAGCCGCCGCCACACCCCUCAACGAGAGCCUGCAGCCCCUGGGGGACUAUGGCGUGGGCCCCAAGAACAGCAAGCAUGCCCGGGAGAAGCGUGACAGCCGCAACAUGGAGGUCCAGGUCACCCAGGAGAUGCGCAACGUCAGUAUAGGCAUGGGCAGCAGUGACGAGUGGUCUGAUGUUCAGGACAUUAUUGACUCCACUCCAGAGCUGGACAUGUGUCCGGAGACCCGCCUGGACCGCACGGGAAGCAGCCCAACCCAGGGCAUCGUGAACAAAGCUUUUGGCAUCAACACUGACUCCCUGUACCAUGAACUGUCGACGGCAGGGUCUGAGGUCAUUGGGGAUGUGGAUGAAGGGGCCGACCUCCUAGGGGAGUUCUCAGUGCGUGAUGAUUUCUUUGGAAUGGGCAAAGAAGUGGGAAAUCUGCUGCUGGAAAACUCACAGCUUCUGGAAACCAAAAACGCCUUGAACGUGGUGAAGAAUGACCUCAUUGCCAAGGUUGACCAGCUGUCCGGGGAGCAGGAAGUGCUGAGGGGUGAGCUGGAGGCUGCCAAGCAGGCCAAAGUCAAGCUGGAAAACCGCAUCAAGGAGCUGGAAGAGGAACUGAAAAGAGUGAAGUCUGAGGCCAUCAUCGCCCGCCGCGAACCCAAAGAAGAGGCGGAGGAUGUAAGCAGCUAUCUCUGUACAGAAUCGGACAAAAUCCCCAUGGCGCAGCGCCGCCGCUUCACGCGGGUGGAGAUGGCCCGGGUGCUCAUGGAGCGGAACCAGUACAAGGAGCGACUGAUGGAGCUGCAGGAGGCUGUGCGGUGGACCGAGAUGAUCAGAGCUUCCCGAGAGCACCCGUCCGUCCAGGAGAAGAAGAAGUCUACCAUCUGGCAGUUCUUCAGCCGCCUCUUCAGCUCCUCCUCCAGCCCGCCUCCGGCCAAGCGCCCCUACCCUUCAGUGAACAUCCACUACAAGUCACCCACCACAGCUGGCUUCAGCCAGCGCCGCAGCCACGCCAUGUGCCCGAUCUCGGCGGGCAGCCGGCCCUUGGAGUUCUUCCCCGAUGACGACUGCACGUCCUCUGCCCGUCGAGAGCAGAAGCGCGAGCAGUAUCGUCAGGUGCGUGAGCACGUCCGUAACGACGACGGCCGUCUGCAGGCCUGCGGCUGGAGCCUGCCCGCCAAGUACAAGCAGCUGAGUCCCAAUGGGGGCCAGGAGGACACGCGGAUGAAGAACGUGCCGGUGCCCGUGUACUGCCGCCCUCUGGUGGAGAAGGACCCCACCAUGAAGCUGUGGUGUGCCGCGGGUGUCAACCUGUGCGGGUGGAGGCCCAGUGAGGACGACGUUGGGAAUGGAGUCAAGCCAGCGCCAGGCCGCGACCCCCUGACCUGCGACCGGGAAGGGGACGGUGAGCCCAAGAGUGCCCAUGCGUCUCCCGAGAAGAAGAAGUCGAAGGAGCUCCCCGAGAUGGACGCCACCUCCAGCCGGGUGUGGAUCCUGACCAGCACGCUGACCACCAGCAAGGUGGUGAUCAUCGACGCCAACCAGCCAGGCACCGUGGUGGACCAGUUCACUGUCUGCAACGCGCACGUGCUGUGCAUCGCCAGCAUCCCCGCGGCGAGUGACAGUGAUUACCCGCCUGGGGAGAUGUUCCUGGACAGCGACGUGAACCCAGAGGAUGUGGGCGCAGAUGGCGUGCUGGCCGGUAUCACCCUGGUGGGCUGUGCCACCCGCUGCAACGUGCCGCGGAGCAACUGCUCCUCCCGAGGGGACACUCCGGUGCUGGACAAGGGGCAGGGGGAGGUGGCCGCCAUCGCCAACGGGAAGGUCAACCCGUCCCAGUCCACAGAGGAGGCCACAGAGGCCACGGAGGUACCAGACCCUGGGCCCAGUGAGCCAGAGACUGCUGCAUUGCGGCCCGGGCCUCUCACAGAGCACGUCUUCACCGACCCGGCCCCCGCCCUGCCCUCUGGCCCCCAACCUGGCAGCGAGAAUGGGCCAGAGCCUGACAGCAGCGGCACGCAGCCAGAGCCAGAGCCCAGCGGGGACCCCACGGGAGCAGGCAGCAGUGCUGCACCUACCAUGUGGCUGGGGGCCCAGAACGGCUGGCUCUACGUGCACUCAGCUGUGGCCAACUGGAAGAAGUGCCUGCACUCCAUCAAGCUGAAGGAUUCCGUGCUGAGCCUGGUGCAUGUCAAAGGCCGCGUGCUGGUGGCUCUGGCAGACGGGACCCUUGCCAUCUUCCACCGUGGUGAAGAUGGCCAGUGGGACCUCAGCAACUAUCACCUGAUGGACCUGGGCCACCCGCACCACUCUAUCCGAUGCAUGGCUGUUGUGUACGACCGCGUGUGGUGUGGCUAUAAGAACAAGGUGCACGUCAUCCAGCCCAAGACCAUGCAGAUUGAGAAGUCAUUUGACGCCCACCCUCGGCGGGAGAGCCAGGUGCGGCAGCUGGCAUGGAUCGGCGAUGGGGUGUGGGUGUCCAUCCGCCUGGACUCUACCUUGCGGCUCUACCACGCACACACGCACCAGCACCUGCAGGAUGUGGACAUCGAGCCCUAUGUCAGCAAGAUGCUGGGCACCGGCAAGCUGGGCUUCUCCUUUGUGCGCAUCACAGCCCUGCUGGUCGCAGGCAGCCGGCUCUGGGUGGGCACUGGCAACGGAGUGGUCAUCUCCAUCCCCCUGACAGAGACUGUGGUCCUACACCGAGGCCAGCUCCUGGGGCUCCGAGCCAAUAAGACGUCCCCCACCUCGGGGGAGGGCGCCCGCCCCGGGGGCAUCAUCCAUGUGUACGGUGACGACAGCAGCGACAGGGCAGCCAGCAGCUUCAUCCCCUAUUGCUCCAUGGCCCAGGCGCAGCUCUGUUUCCACGGACACCGAGAUGCUGUCAAGUUCUUCGUCUCGGUGCCAGGGAACGUGCUGGCCACCCUGAAUGGGAGCGUCCUGGACAGCCCAGCCGAGGGCCCUGGGCCGGCCGCCCCCGCCUCAGAAGCCGAGGGCCAGAAGCUGCGGAACGUGCUGGUGCUGAGUGGCGGGGAGGGCUACAUUGACUUUCGCAUCGGAGACGGAGAGGAUGAUGAGACGGAGGAGGGCAUGGGGGACGUGAGCCAGGUGAAGCCCAUGUUGUCCAAGGCAGAGCGCAGCCACAUCAUCGUGUGGCAGGUGUCUUACACCCCAGAGUGAGGCCGCCCACCCUGCCUGGCCGGACCUGUAUAUAGGACCCCUGCCCACCUGACCCCGCCUGCCCUGCAGGAUAGCCAGCCAGGCGCCACCGCCCCUUUUCUAACCUCUCAACCUGCAGCUUUCACCUGAGUCUGGCCCUCUCCAGCGGGCAGGGAGUGUGGGGAUGCCAGUCAGUUGGGAGGAGGAGCGGAGGGGGUGCUUCCACCCAAGAGGAAGAUGCUCUCGGGACACUGUUCCCGGGCAGCUCCUGGCCAAUUUCCAGCCCAGAGUCCUCAAGUCCAGGGCACCUUGGGCCCAGCGCAGGCAGGAUCUGAGGUGGCCCUGGCUCUGCCCUGGCCUCCUACUUCCCAGCACCCCGGGAGAGGAGGCAGGGGCUCCCCACCACCGAGGCUGCCUGCCCUGGGCCCACCUCUGCAUGCUGCUUGCGGGCCCACCUGCGUCCUGGGCCCUCACUCUGCCUAGGGGAACCAGGCCAAGCACUAGCCUUUGCCUAGGGAGGUGGGCCUCAGGCUACCCAGGUGCCUGUACCCCAGCUGGCCUUCUCUGGGGCCCCCCUGUCCUCAAGCCCCUAUCCUCUGUCUGUCCCUAUCCUGGCUGUCCCCUGCCCAGGGAGUUGGCAUCAAAGCACGAGGCCCAGCUCCCCAGGGCAACUGCUUGAGAAGACUGCUACCCCAUCCCGUCCAUGCAGGCAGGGUCUCACCAGCCCUGCUCUGACCUGUGUCCCCUCAGGCUCUGCCUGGGCAGAAGACUCCUUGGAGGAGUGGGCCCUGGAGUCCUGUGCCUCCUAGAAGCCCCCAGGCUGGGAUUUCUCAGGCUGCCAGGGCAGGCCCAGGCCUCAGGAAGAAGGGGAGGCCCCUGGCCUCUCCGGGGUCAGUCCCAGGAUGCAGGCUCAGCCUCAGGUUGAUGGGGGAUGGUGUGCUCCUGGGGCCUGCCUCCUGCAUGGGGCUCCACAGAGCCCAGCUCCCAGACACGCUACUAAGUGCCUAGGGCUGCCCGCUGUGGCCCGUUCCCCAGGAGCAACAGAGAGGCCACCAAUCGGAGGCCCAUGGAGCUGAGGAUGGAGCCACCUCCAGUAGACUCCAAUUGCAUAGGGAGCAGUUGCUACCCUGGACUGCUCUCCUGCCCAGCCGGGCCUCGCUGGCCUACUCCCACCUUCCAGGCCCACUGCACUCCUGUCCGGGAGGCCCCGACGAGGGCAGCCCAGCCCCUUGCCCAUCCCCAACCAGAGAAGCACAGAUCUUGGGGAGCUGCCCCAUGAGCCCAGCCGGCUACCGCGGGCUGCAGCUGCUGCGCUGCCGGCUUCUCCCCACCACCCUGCCACCUCCACUGUGAUGUAUGUCCGGUCCCUCGUCUGUGCCCCCAGGAUCUGGAAGUGACUCCCGGCUGACUGAUGGGGCGGCUGGGGGAGGGGUGACGAUUCUCCUCAGGCUUUGGUCCUGCAAGCAAACCCACAUAUCUGCUCUGUAUGUAAUAAACGUCUUAACAUCGUA